GAGCUUUGCGCCGGCGCCUGGGCCAUGCGCCCGCUGCAGGACUGCAAGCACGCCCGUCUCCCCCGCACUAAAACUGCACACUACUUUGACGUUAUCGAAAAUGUUGAAGGAGGCAAGACAUUACUAGCCGUCGCUAUUGGUAGAAGGGUGAUCCUGUUACUCGAGGAACAAAAGACUGAUAAUGAGAUGGGCUUCGAGUACACGCAUAUAAAGGACCUCCAAUUAAAUGAAUCUCCAAUUUUAAUAAAACUGAUGGACGGCGAAGUGGCGGUUGUUGUAGUCGGCUAUAAACAUCAUUGGGAAGUUCUGGAAACUACAACAGGACAGGCCAUAAAACGAGCAGAGGGCUCUGAGGACAGCGGGCCACGGCGCGGCGCUUUGGUCAACGCUCUGCGCAUUGGUGAUGAACGAGAUGGACAGAUUAUAUUAUGCUACAAUCAUACUUGUCAUUUUGAACGUAUCACCAGCAAGGGUCUUGAAAGUGACAGCGAGUAUGACUUUCAUUGGACAACAGUGCCCACGGCUGUUG